UUUUGGCGGGCAAUUAAGAGAAAUUCGAAUAAAAGAGCAAACCCUAGCGGGCAGCGGCCCCAUUUCUUCCCUCUCUCUCCGUCUCUCUCUACAAACCCUUCUGACACACUCUCUCUCACUAAAAUUCCUCUCUUUAUGAAAUUUCCUAUCACACGGGAAUAACUGUUAAUUUAAGGCUGAGGAGAUAAAUUGAAGAGGAUUUGGACAUGUCAAAUCAUUAAUCAUUUGAUUGCUGCGUGGUAAGGUGUAAUUAUUCAAAAACUCAGAUUAAAUCAAUCAGGGAAAAAAGGUAUAGAAUAGAAGGAAGAAAAGAAGAGUGAGAAAAGAUGGGAAAAAUGUCUCCGAAAGAUGGGGAAUUGAAAACAACAAAAAGGAACAGGCGAUUGAAGAAUUCCAGCAGUAAGUAUCUAAAACCAGGUACUCUCGCUCAGAUUCGAUACACUAAAGCUUCAGCCACCAAGUUGUGUACCGAUCUUGGGAAGAAAAGGGUGGCUGUAUUAGGUGCCAAGAAACCAGAGGAUGAUAAUCUUUUGAUGGAAAAUAAGGUUAUUGAGAAAAGCCCUUUGAUGUUGUCGCCCGUGGAUUUGCAUAAACAGAAUAGUUUGGUGCGGACUCCAAAGACACCUCGGCCUGAACAAUUUGAAUCAGAGUCAAGGCUUGAGUCUCUUCCUAUUGAUUUACUGGUUAAAAUACUUUGUCACUUGCACCAUGACCAACUGAGGGCAGUUUUUCAUGUUUCUCAAAGAAUAAGAAAAGCUGUUUGCCUUGCAAGGCAAUUUCACUUCAAUUACACAACACCCGAUCGCUCAAGACAGGAGAUGCUGAGUACGAUGACACCAAGGCCUACAGAACACUGGCCCUUUAUGAGCAAGGGUGUUGGUAAAAGUGUUUUGAUGGGAAGCCCACACACUCCAAAAGCUCCAAGGCAUGGUCCACGGCCACCUUCUCGUGUUAAAGUCACCGAGUUGAGGCAAAUUGCUGCAGUGCUCUUUCAGGAUUCAGGAUUCCCAUCGAGGUGCAUGGUACCAUCUGUUCUCCCAAAGCCAUUAUGCAAAUCUUUGGCUUCCAAUCGAGUGCUAUUCUACGAGGAUGAGUUAUGCCAGGCUGUUGCUCAGAAUAAGCUUCGCUGAUUUCUUUCCAGUGUUCAUCUCAUUCGCUGGAUUCCUGUGUAUAGUUUAUUUUUCAUCCCUAUAGGAGAUUGUAGUUAGAUUUAGAAAGUAUUCAAGUAUGCAAUUUUGUAGCUUUGCUUGAGCAGUAUUAGGUUAUAUGAAAUUUCAUAUGAAUCUUAUCUGCGUUAAGGGUUGGAAGAUCUAAAUGAUGAAUGUUGGGUUUCACAAUAAUAGGUCCAGAACUGGUUGCUUGUAUAUCUUAGUCUUAAUAUAUAUGUUUGAAAGUAUCAUCGGUUGCCUUCU